UUCCUGGAGAGCGAUUUGCACUAGCCAUAAGCACAUUCAGGCCCUUUGGCCUGAGGCUUCCUUCUUCGAGAAGAAAGAGCUCAGAGAAGCAAGCGCCACAGGCACAAAGAUGUCUGGGCCACGCUACUGAUCAAGCAAAGAGUCCAAUUGCAUCUCACCCAGCUCUGAAGAACCUGGCCUGAAAAGGACAGUGAGACGCCUCUAGGGACAUUAUAUAAUGUCACACGGGACAGCACAGAGCAGUGGCACGGGGCCGAAAGCUGUGAGGGAAGGAAAGGCGGACUUCAAGGUCUGUCCCUCUGCAGAAGCUGGAGUUGUCCCCUGCUGCACGUGGGGCCAUGUCAGCUGUAGAAGCUCACACAGCACUUUAUUCACUCCUGGGUAAUACCAGAAGGAUCAAGUUCAGGGGUAGGAAAUGUCAUUUCCCUCCCCCACUCUCCUGGGACAAAUGUGUGGCCACAUCAGGUAGCAGCGAGCAGAGAGAGUACACUUCCUGGAUUGUGCUGCUGACCCAGAUAGAAAAAUGGAGCGCUCCUUGGGUGUUGGUAAAAGUAGACUAUAAAGGGAUGGGACCGAUGUGGUAGAGGCCCCAUCAGCCAGAACAGAGGGGCUGGCAGGAGGACUGGCUACAGACAGGCGAGGUGUUCGGGCUUGAAGCUUGCACCCCAUAGGGACCUGUGCUAUUAGUGCAGAAGCAUUGGAUUCUUCUAUCUUCAAGAUGAAGUAAAUGGGAUGAGGUCAUCUACCCAAGGUGGGCUUGAAGACCCCAAAAUAGCUCAUGAAGAGGAAGCCCAACUUCCGGCUUCAGCGCUUAGUCCAGGACCAGAGUUUCACCUUAGAGUCGAUGGACCACACCCCCUAUAGGAUCAUGUGUGCACUCCUCACUCUGAGUGGGCUGUUAGAAAAGCGCUUAGCUGGGGCUUCAGUGGCACAUGUCCACCAUUCCAGAUCCCAGAAGCCCAAGAUGGAGGCUUGCAGGACUAGCUCUUCCUGAGGCCUCUUCCCUUUGCUCAUAGUGUUUACUCCCCAUGUCCUCUGUGUGCUCCUAUCCUGACCUCCUCUUCAUAUAAGGACCUCACUAUAUGUGACAAGGGCUCACGUUAGUGACCCAUUCUAACCUCAUCACAUCAGUAAAGGAUCUUGUUCCAAAGGUCGAAACCAGAGAUCAAAAAAUAAGAAUUUGGAGGCGUUGCUAAUUCUGUGUAUAACAUCACUCCUUCUACAUACCUUCCCUAGACCACCAGGAGCUUGCUUUGCUUCCUCUGAGGGCCUCUCCAGCACCCAUGAAAUGUCACCUUCAACCCUACCAGCAAAUCACCACUUGAAUGUCCCAUGUGUGUGCCUCAUUGCCUGAGAACCUGAGGUUCUGGCCCUGCUCAGAGCAUAGACUGGUAAUCUACAACUUGUUAGAUCCAGUCCUCCAUGGUCAACACCUGCUGGGGCAGGCAAUAUGAGAGGAUCAUGGAAUGGACAUCUCAUCAGGAUUCCAAAGUGAUACUAGGAGAAGUGGCAGAGGUCACAUUAGCCCAGCCACUUUCUAAAACCCUCAAUGGAGGGCAGAAUGCAGCUGAGGAGACAAAAAGGUGCCUCCUGCCUGCCCACAUCUCCAAUUACUGCCAGAGGGAGACAGGAAAACUGCAGCCUCCACCUCUGUUAUUUCCAUGCAAAGAUACCCUUCCCACCUCAUCCUACCCUGUGCAAGUGAGCAGGACCCCAUGCCAUGGCUGUCCCACUCAGACCCCAUCAAAGCGACCUGGCCUAGAUCCAGUGUCAAUGCAUCAGUGAGUCUAGGACAACCUUCGAAGAUGGCCCAUGGAGCACACCCUCGUAGACUGUUUUCAGAGUGUCCCUGAGUGGCACACAUCUUCCUUGUAACAACUGCCUGUGGGAUGCUUCUGUCUGGCUGCAGGCCUUCCUUCUGCACUCUCCCUGGAGGGCUGGUGGGGAAUGUUUGUAGCUGAAAGGAGAGCUUUGGGUAAGAUCACGUGGAAGACACCCUCUCCUGACUGUUGGAUCUUGCUGGCUGCCUCUCUCCCAGGGUUCCCUUUGGUGUUAAGGAUGUCUUAGCUUAUUCCCCUAACUGAAUGGAGGAGCCGGAUUCUGUAAAACUCAAGUUAUAUGCUCUGCAUAUAGGAUCCAAUUAGCUGGUUGGGAAGAGACGCCCAUACCCCACCAAGGAAUGUGAGCGAGCUCCUGACACAGCUCUACAAACCCACCACUUUGCCCAGUUCUCCCUGCUUCCUAAAGCCAGAAGGGACUUUAGAGAGCAUGUCGCUUAAGUCUCAUUUACCCAUGAAGAUGCAGGGACCCACAGGGAAUAAGUUCCUUGGUUCAAGAACAUAGAUAAUCCUUGUCACACGACAAACCUGGAUAGGCCUCCUGCAAGACCUCCUCAGUAACUGUCUUGGUCUUGAGCCUCCAGGCCUUCUCUAGGGCCCUUCUAAGGGAUAUUUUAGCCCCUGUUUGAGCAAGGGCUUCCACACAGUAGUAGGUGUAUCAGGAGCACACACGAAUGUCUGUCAACUUGCCUGGAAACCAUAAGGCGUGUACCCAACAGUCUCUCUAUGCAAUGGUUGGGAUAUUUCUUGGUUUAUCAUAUACCAUAGUGAUAGAAGUGACUCCAACUCUAUUGUGGAAGCCAUGGCAGGGAGUGAGUCUGGGACAAACAUUUUCAUGAUAAAAUCUAUCCCCAGUUCAUGGCAAGGGCUCACAGCAUCAUCUAGUGUGGGUUCAUGAGCCAUGCGGACAUGUGCCCUCCCUGCCUUCAGUCUCUGACUGUAUAUGACUGUAUAUGCUGGUCAUCAGUCCUCCCAGUAUUCCCUGUUCCUCCCUGGGCUUCAAGGCUUUCCCGAUGCCAAUUGCAUCUAAUAUUAACCAGACCACAAGUAUAGCCCUGGAAUUGAUUUGCUUCAAGGUUGAAUCAGUCACGGUGCCUUUUUAGUUCACAAAAUACAACUGUGUAUUUGGAUCCAGUGAGAAGUUGAUUUGAGUCCCAGAUUCAGUUCCCAGCAACCUCAAGAGCAUUUCAUGUUCCGGUGUCUCUGUGCUCUUUUAGCUCAGGCUAGCCUCAAACUCUUUGUAUGGCUGGUUAUGACCUUGAACUCUUGAUCUUCCUGCCUCCACCUCCCAAGAGCUGUAAUUAUGGGCAUGUGCCACUACACCUGGUUUAUACUGUACUGGGCAUGGAAACUGGGGCUUUGUGCAUGCUAGGCCAGCACUUUACCAACUGAGCUAUACUCCCUGCCCUACUUUUUAUCAGCUUCGAUUGACAGACACAGUAAAUGGCAAACUCUGCUUUCCAUUAGCCUUCACCUCUGGUCUCCCAGGGCUGUUGGAUAGGAGAGAACUGGAUUUGUUUAUUGCAGUAAAAUCCCCUAUGUGGCUGUGCUCCUUCCUAGUGGUGUAGGAAACCUCAUGACAAGUGCAGAGGUCCUGGGAAGGCUGUUUCCCCUCCUGCCUCUGUGGUUGGAGGCCAAGUUGCUCAUGUCAGAUAACCCUCCUGCUAGAAAAGUGAUGAAGUGUGUAUAAAUGCCACUCCUGAGUGGCCCAAAGCAGAUACAAAUAGAUGUUCUGGGCUCUGAGGGAAGGGAAGCCCCAGGGAAAGUCCUAACAGAUAGUGGGAUCUCACUGGCUAGAUGAUUCCAUUUGGACAUUGGGGUCAGAGCUGUCUAGAUGGAUAGAAGUAGAAGAGGGAUGUUUUUAUAAAGAGGAGCAUCUGCAAAAUCCACACCCAAAUCUUUCUCAAAUCCCUGAGACGCUCCUGAGCUGCCAUGUGUGUGCAGGGGAAGAACUGAAGGAUCCAAUGGAAACAGGAACUUAAGCUUGGAGAGUCCAGGGGAGAUUCAGGGGUUUCCAUUGUAGAGGCAGUGGUGGAGAGGUGAGGCCUGCCUUGGUGGAACUUAGCAAGCACCUUGGCUGUCUACAGGUUUCCUGGAAGGGAGAUUAGAGUCAUAACUCAUUCAUUCUAAGACCAAAGCAGUAACAAUCCCUCCAAAAGAGCCCUGUAACUGGCUUCAUUUUCAUAUUCUGCCAGCGAUUUUAUUUAAUGCUAGAAAACUCAACACUCUUAGAUAACAGGGACAGUUUGUGCAGCAUCUGAAUUGGAAGCCAGCAGAUACACAAAGAAGGAGAGCAUUUUGCCAUGCGUGAGCAUUCGUUUUGAUCAUCAGCGUGAACAGAAUCAUCCAGGAGACACCCCCCCCCCCCGUGUGUCUGGGAAGGUUUUUUUUUUUUUCAGAGAGGUUUAACUGAGGAGUGAAGACCCACUCUCAGUGUGGCUGCAGUCCAAAAGUCAAUGAAAAAGGGAGAAAGUGAGCUGAGCACCAGUGUUCAUCUCUCUCUGCUUCCUGAUUGUGGGUGGGAUGUGAGUGCCUGCUUCAUGCUCCUGCUGCCAUGCCUUCCCUGCCAUGAUGGACUGCACCUUAACCCAGGGAGCCCAGAUAAGCGCUACCCCCAUAUUGCUUCUCUUAGGCCCCUAUACCUGCUUUCAAGCUCUUGCUAUGCCAGCAGUGGGUUUACCAGAACAAGAAUGACUACAGAUGCCAGAAGAUGCAGGAAAGAGUAUUUACGGUGUGAGGAAUUCUAGAAACAGUUGAAGUAAAGCCCAGGGUGAAGCGGGUAGAACCUUCAUUUUUAUCUACUUGUUUAUUGGAUGAGCAUUUGAAGGCAUCUUUAAAGGGAGCUGGGCUCUGGACUGUAAGGAAACAGUGAAUAAGACAGAUCUUUUGCUCAGGAAGAAGUGUAGUAUGAAUUCUUAAAUAAUAGGACUUCAGUUUCUGAUCUAUGCAAUGAAGAAAAAUAAUGAAUGGCUAGAACAUGAUAUAAGACUGUUUCUGGAGUAUCUCAUCUGUGUUGCUCCCAUGAUGCCAGGAGCAAGUUAACUUUAUUUAAAAAAUGAGGGUUAUUUAGUUGGCAAUUCAAAAGGUUGGAAAACCACACAGCAUAGAAGUAGAGGGAGAGAGAAUCUCUCCUGUGUCUCAUUUUUGAAGACCACGAAUCAUGAAUCUCCUCAUCUGUGGGCUCACCUAACCCUAACCUUCUCCAGUAUCCCUAUCUACUCUCACACGACACAUGAAGCACUAGGGGCUUCAGCACACAAACUGGGAGAUGUUAGCCUCCAGUAUGGGGCCUGGUUGCCCUGGUUAUGCUUGAUGGUCUCAGCUGCUGUGUAUGGAGCCACAGUGGUUAUCAUUCAGCCACUGUGGUCCCUCCGCAUGGCCCUGGCUCCUGCCAUCCACCUUUAUUCUCCAGGAUGUGGCGAGGCGCUAUGUGGAGGAAGUGGUGGCCGUGUAGGUCAGGGCAGCUCUAAAGGCAGAGUCCUCUCUAGAGCUCCCACAGUCCAGCCAGAUCAGUGAUGGACGGGAAGGGCUGAUUCUCCACAAUAUCUGAGAGCUGGGCUUGUAUGUCCACUAUGGAGAAGCAGCCAAGCCAUGUGAGGAUCAGCUCUCUACCACGCAUGCAGCCUAGACAGGACGCAGGCCUGGGUAUAUGUUGGCCAUGCAGAGGAAUACCUGCCUGAGUCUCUGGAGUCCCUGUGUUAGCUCAUAAGGCUUCCUGCCAAGAAGGGUGGUAGCAGGCAGCCCAUGCCACAUGCUUGUGAUGGGAAGAUGCUAAGCUGCAUACUUGGGGUGGGCUUAGCGCAUGCUCCCGUCUCCAGAAAGGCUGAGAGUGAGCGCACUCUCUGGGUCUUACAGCCCUUCCUAGGCUCUCUGUCCCUCAGGAUGUUCAGGGACCUUAUGAGGCAGGCCGCUCGUCUUUAGAUGAGGAAGCUGUAUCUUGAAUCCCACUUUUAGCCACUCAUUGACCUAGGAUGCUUAUCUGCUAGCUCCAGCUUAAAUUUCAUGAAUUCCUAGGAGCUGGACCAAAGGACCCAUCAGGGCUGGAGGCUGGGGAAGGGGGAGGGAGGAUGCUGCAUGGACUUGGCUCCCAGGCCGAGGACUGUACUCUGCUAAUCAGCACUGCUGGUAAUUGGCUUACUCCCUGCAGACGGCUAUCUUUGUCUCUCAGAACCCUACAGGGGACCUUCGGGCGUCCUUCCAUCUUGGGGGAAGGGUUUCUGUAGGAAGGCAGGACUCUAGGGCUCUCUUGGGGGAGCUGAACAGGUGGGAUCUUCAGGUCCAGGUAGAAGCCAAAAACAUGACCCAUGCCCUUCUGUCCACCAGAAGAUUCCAGGGUUCAGAGACAGGCCUAUGUGGGACAAGACUAGGCCUGAUACAAAGGUGCUGGCUGAGUCUAAGAGGAACUAGAGGUGAUGUUUGAGUUCAGAAUGGGAUCAGGACAUGGGUUUUAUCAGCCUUAGGGGCUGAGUAUAGAGCAGCCAGUCCUGAGCAGGCAGGGCAAGGUGGGCCUGGCUGAUGGGGCAGCAUCUGACACCUGGGAUCUUUCCAGAAUGCAUUCCAGUCUCUCUUACCUCUCUCAGGCUCCUGAGCCCCUGCUGUGGUCCUGGACACAUAACCCAGUGCAGUACCAAGGCUACUGGCCAGAGGCUCUUACCCAGUUCCUACUCCACCCCUCAGCAUCUGUCAGUCCAGUCAGCCCAGGGCAGUUCUGACGCCUGCUCCUCGGCAGUGCCACUCACCCUGGGCGCCACACACCUUCCAAAAGUUGAGCCUCUCAGUGGCUCCUGCCAGGAAUGGUGCAGACGCCACAGUCGCAGACACCCACAUCUUUGUGCAAAGCUAACCCCAUGGUACUGCCGAGACGCCUUUUAAUAUCUGGCCUUAUUUAUAUGGGUAGUGACUCAUUCACCAAUUACUGUGAGAUGGAGAUAUUUUGCCUACUAAUAUUUAAAUUGCAGUUAUCUGAAGCUACUGGGGAAGGAAGUGAGGUCUGCUGGUUUGAGUUUGGUGGGAAUGGGCUCAAAGAAUAGGGCUCUGGCCUCUACCUGCCCAGUUGCAUCUGCCUCUGCCCCCUGCUCCAGUCAGACCCUGCUGGCCAAGGGCCCUGGGAUGCUUUGUAUACUUCCUUUCUGACAUUUGUUGGCGAUUGGGGUCUGGUAGGCCACCGAAAUCCUCCAGAGCUUUUCUUUUUUCCUUUCUGCUCCCCAUGGACCUCUGUUAGACCAGGGACAGAGUAGCCUCUGUCAGUGUUGAAAGCAGCUCAAGUACUCCCCUGCCUCUGUAGCUCUGUCUCUCUCUACCUUGUCCUCCUCCCCUGAAAUAAGGGCCAGUGGAGUAGAACCCCAGGAAGCUUAGGUGGGAAAAUAAGGGCCGCCUCAGGUCAUCGAGGUGUGCUAUGCCACAAAGCCUGGGAAGUUUGACUAGCUGUUUUCAGAAUCUCCCAUUUUCUUUUCUUCCACUGAGGUGGUACCACAUUGGGUGGGGGUGGGGAUGGAGGCUUUGUGCCUUGAAGACUCUAGCCACAGUUGAAGGGAAGCGUGGAGCCUCAUAUACAUACCCAGCAUGCCCUCAGCACCCACCCUCAGCAAGGCUAUCCUCAGAACAUAGCCUUGUACUGGCUGAGGCAGGCCUCUUGUCUAGGAGUGGCUCCUGGGUCGCCAGGGGUCUGAUGUGGACUGCCACAUAUGCAGUGACUGAGGGAGCACCAUCCUGCUCCUAGGUGAGUGCCUAGUUAAACUGCCCCCUGCCAUUUACAUGUGCGGUUCUGCUUCUCUUUCUGCUGCUGCCUCACAGGGUACUCCCCUACAUCAGAAUGCUCCUCACUCGGCCAGUCAGAUGGGUGAGUCCAAGUGACAUUAGAAGCUAAGGACAGGCUCUAGCUUUUGCCCAGCAAAAUAAGGCUGCAGGGAACCCUGAAGACACCAAAAGGAUUCUGGGAACUGACAAUCCUGUCCGAGCCCUCUUGCAUAGGCCUUCCCAGGUCCCCAGACAACUGCUUGGCGUGGCAUGCCUCAGCAUAAGCCCUUGAUAGGGGUUGGGGCAGCCCUGGGUAGAGGCAGGGCCGUGCAAGGGGCUGGCUGUUGCCUCGCGUCACUUAAAUAGGACUGGAGACAGACCAGCUGCUGUGCCUGGAACCCAGUGAGUGGGGACUGGAUCCUUUACUCACUCAUUUAGGAUCCAGCAUGUUGGGAAUUUCCAGCUCCCAGUUUUCAGGGGGAAAGAGGAAACACUGGCAUCUUCAGGCAACAUGAAAAGCCCAAAGGGCUGACUGCUGCACUGGGAAUCCUGAUAGACAGUGUCUCCAAUGACAAGAUCAGCCAGGGAGGUGUCUUGGAGGAGGUAACACCCCGGGAGAAAACAGAGGCAUUUGGACAGGCUAAGGAGGGUGUGUGUCUUUCAGUGUCGGUAGGGGAUUGUCCACCACCUUUCCUCCUGAUGACUUGUAGAUUGGUUUGGUUGGGGUCUUCUUGGUGUUGUGAAACAGGGUGUCCCGUGGCACAGUCCAGCCUCAAACUUGCUGUGUGGUUGGGGAUCUUAAAAUCAUGAUCCACCUGCCUUCAUCUCCGAGUGCUGGGACUGAAGGUGUAAAUCAUAUCAACUGUGCCUGGUUUAUGCUGUGCCGAGGACUGAGCCUAGGUCUUUGUGCGUGCUAAGCAAACACUGUGUGAACUGAGCCAUAUCCCUAGAUUCCAUUACACAUGUUCUAAUGACACAUAUUCCUCAGCCAGUGCUGACAGUACUGUUGCAAAUAGAAACACUUGAACUCUUGCCACCUCUCAUGAGGCAGCUCCAGGGACAUCCUUUUAUACAGAAACAGAAGCGCAAAGAGGAGUGGUGGCUUUUCUGGGGUCACAGAGCCUCACUCCCCAUUGGGUAGUUCUUCUCCAGAGUGCUGUGUGUGGGAACACUUUGUUUUGCCCUCAACACAUGAACUCAGGUAACCCCACAGCCAGUACUAGGGAUUGCCAAGUUCCUCCUGUUCUGCUGGUGGGGAAACUGAGGGAAAAGGACUGCCUGCACAGCUAGCCCAUGGCUGCAGACAGCAGUGCCCCAGCCCACACUGUCCACCUCCCACACGCACACCCCCACAGGCUGAAACCACAGCAAGGGGAGACACGCUUGUCAUCAGCAGUGAGCACUUCCGAGUCUCGCCACGUGCUGGUAGCACCUGCCACAUCCUCCCUGCCAGGACUUGAGAGCCUCAAAAUGUUCUGAUGCACAGAGAGCCUUUUUUUGUACAAGAAGUAAAAUUAUUUUCAGCCUGUUGUCAGGCAGCUGUCAAAAGACAUGGAAAUGAAGGGCUUAGUGAGUCUCUGAGAGGAAGUCCCACGGCCAGGGUGGGUGUAGGGACACAGGCUGUUGGCCAUGCAAGUUGUAGAAUGGAGAGAAAAUGGUGGAGCGGGGCUCAUUUCAGGUUCACUCCCUUUCUGGAGACUGAUUCCAGGGGUCAUGAUCUGAUUUUUUUUUCCAAGCGUGCAUGGACAUUGAGUGGUCCCCAACACUCAUGGUGCUCUGCUCCCUGCAGGGCUGGAGUUCAGGUAGCCUGCUGCAUGGUUAGGUGUCUAGACUGUGCUCUCUGCCAUCUGAACAUGAACUGUCCCUGUCCUGUCUCCAGAGUAAAAUCAGGUUGGUGGGAGGAAAGCUUGUGGAUGUGGGAGUGAGCACCCAGGAGGAUGAGGCAGGAGGAUGGUAAGUUCCAGGCCAGGCUUAGCUUUGUAGUGAGACCCUCCCUCUAAGAGCAAAAGAGAAAAAGGAAAUGAGAAAGUUGGCGUUGACGGCUUUUGGACCCUGGUGUCUUCACACACAUAAUAUUGCGGCAGGGUGCCCUGGCACCUCCAGAACCUAGGUACCUUACACAGCCUCUGCAGAUCUCCAGAGAGUUCUGUGGAUGCUCUCAGGGAACCCAGAAUGGGACUGCCCCCAGAACAUUCCAGAAUCCCAAACCCUCUCAUGAGAAAGCACUGUGAAUAAAGGAUCUCUAGCAGUCUUAAAGAGAAACAGCUUUUGGUUUUAUCUCUCCUUUAAUUUUAAUUUUUAAUUCCCGCUCUAUAGUUUCUGGUGUCCUUAAAGAUGCUACCAGUAUUUCUCAGGGAUCUGCGGGCUCUCUGCCAGCCUAAGUCAACACCAUCCCAACUUUUCAGAGAAGCCAGAGUUGGCAAUAGGGAUCUGGGUCUCCAUGGUCACCAGGGUGGAAGACUCCAGGGGAUGGUGUAGACAGGUCUGUGCUAGGAGAGGAGGAGUUGAGCUCACUGUCUGUUGACAGACCUGUGAGCCAAAACCACAGCUGCUUGCAUGGAACCGUUCUUCACACACGACUGAUGCUCUGCCAGCCAUGCAUGCUGGGAGGCCACAGGCUGCAGUGACAUUAUAAGAUAAGAGAUAAAAUAAACACCUCUGGCUUUGUUGUCUGCAGCCAGGAGGAGAGAUUCAUUGGUGGGAGGUGGGGUACAGAACUAACAUCUCCUUGGGGUAGGGUGCCAUGACCUACCCUUGACAACAAGAAUCUCCUCGUGCUGGUAGAGACUCCGUUGUUGCUGGGGGUAUUCAUGGAUAGCGUGAGAGCGGGUUGUAUCAGAAGCGGCCCAGUCCCCAGCAGGAAUUCUUAGGGUACAGCAUGAGGCACCCCCACCUCUCCAUAGUGGAGCCUAUCCCAGGUGUACAGAAUUCUGACCACCCGGGUCACCACAAAUGCUCACACAGUCUCUAACCCACCUGCCCACAGUCCUGCCUGCCACAGCCACUCCACAGGGUCGCCCCAGCUCUAAGCUCUCAGCCUUGUCAAAGGAGCUUCGCUUAGCAGUGGACAGUGCAAACUCACAACUGAGUUUUAAUCUGAGAAUCAAGUGACUGUAAUUAACAACCCAGCCCUGCAGGGGACCUCGAUGACAACCCCUCUGCACUCCCCCACCACCCAGGUUGAGGGAACAGCACAGAAGGAAGAAAGGAAAGAACGCAAAUCUGGAGGAUAUGCGGAGCCUUGUGACAUGCCAUCUUGGGGACAUGACCCUGCCGUUGCUCCCAUGAACCUACAGCACCGAGGUCACCUGUAUAAGACCUAUGCAACGCCAAGCCAGCCAGAAUUCCAGGAUGGAUGGGAAGGAGCUCGUGAAUGGCCCCUCCCCUCCCAGCUGAGGGUCUGUUGGCAGUGAAUGGCUGCUGGGGGAGGGUAGGUCCCAUGUUCCAGUGGAUGACUCCACACCCCUGUGUAUACAGGCAACACUAAUUGCACUCCGUGAGCUUUAACAAGGGAAAGCAGGACUUGGAAUUUGGGUGUGAAUUUGGGUGCCUAAGAGGAGGUGGAGGGGCCCCUGGGAUGAAUAUGACCAAAAUACAUUGUACACAUGUUUAAACGGAAAAAUCUAAAAGUGUCUGAAGAGAGCGUCCUCAGGAGUGGGACUAUACUGUGGAGGUCUCUGUCUUAUCAUCUAGCAUCUUCUAGUCAUAGCCUGGCUGGUUUGCACAGUCCGAUGAGACACUGGAUUUUGGGGUUGGGUCUAGUUGGCACUGAGGAAACUGGGUGGAGACACGGUUCUGCUUGGGGCUAUUCCCUUCUCAGUGGACAGCUCAGGGUUCUGCACACUUCCACAGCAGUUGCUACUUGUGAGCACGUGCAUCCAAAGGAGCAGCUACCUCGUAUAUGGCUGGUGGUGAUGGCAGCUGGGGGCUUUGUAUCUGGGCCAUGUGACACUGCGGCCUUGCUGGAGUUUGGGGUUCUGCUCUAGGGAAGAUAGGACAGGGGACCUGCUUGAUCCUCACUCUUUUGACGUAUCUGAGGUCAGAGGCCCAGUGUGGAAAAGAAGGUUCUGUCAUGCGCCGUCAUCUCCUUUCAUUCAGAAAAGGUAUGGGGUAUCACACACACCCCCUGGGAAGAGGCCUCCUCCCACAACCUCCAAGAAAGGUCAGUGUCAGAUGUAGGAUCUUCUGGUGGGAAGGGUGCCUGUGGCACGAAGCCUAGCUUGUAGCUUUACACCCAGUUGUGGGCCCACAUUCUCUGCUCACACAGUGGCCAGGGAGACGCCAGAGCAGUGGGUGGCAGGGAAACUAGGCUCGGGUAUAGGUUUGUGCUUUCUGGAAGCUAUUGAUCCCCGACAGAUGGAGCAAAAGCACUGAGCAGCACUGGUGUCUCAGAGUAUCCAGAGUUCUGGAAAGUCCUCCAAGCUCACGUGGUUGUGGGCAUGACUGGUGGGGUCCCUGGCCUCUGGACUAGGGCUUCCUGUAUUCGUGGACACUGGUGUCACCAUCCCAAUAAGGCCUCCAGCCAAGCACUUCAUGAUCUAGAAACCUCCAUGUUGAAGUCUACCCAGGAAAGGUAUUUCUAGUUCAUCCCUAAAAGAUGGAUCCUUGUGGGUGAUGCCACAGGCAGAGGUCCUCCUGAAAUCGGCUCAACCUUGCCAAGAAUUGUCCAAAGGACCACAGCGGCCACACGCGUGAUGCGGCAGCGAGCGUUAGACAGCCGCUCUGUCUUGAAGCCAGCCGUUUUGAUGCCACCGGCUGUGACACUACAGGGGAGGAUGUCACACGGGCGGUUUUGACAUUGCUGACGAACCGUGUGGGCCCAAUGGAGAUGAUGUUUAAAUGCUCAGCCGACACGAAGCUCACACACAGACACACAUAGUGAAUCAGGCACAGUCUUUUUCCUCCCAGACAACGCCUGGCACAGCAUCGACCAUUCUGAGCGUGCCUGGGAUCCCAAGUGUGCUGAGGAAGGAAGGUGCCGCUGCUUGGGCAUGCCAGCCUCCUCUUCCUUACGCCGCCAUCUUUGUUGACAUAAACUGUGUCGACCAUAUGGAAUUGAAUUCAGUGUUCCAGUUGCUUUUUCCUGUCUCUUCUUUUUCCUUUUUCUCCCUCCCCCCGCCACCCCGGGUUUCAGAAGCUGUUCUCUUGGCAACCGCAGAAGCGCACUCUUAAUGACUGCCCCUGUGGUAGAUGCCCAUGCAGAGCCUGACCCUUGCACCCCUCCUCCUCUGGAAGCACCAUCAGCCUUGUGUUGGAAUCUGUCCCUCCCACUACAGGGCACAGCAAUGAGCGCCCCACCACCCACACUCCACACUCUCUUUGUCUGCUGUACAGACAGAACUUUCUCAAGGUGAUGUUUGGGGAGAACUUCCCUUGCCUGACUUCUGUUGGGGUGUGAAUGCCAGAGACACAUGGAGAAACAGCUCUGAAGGGCCCAUAUUUGUGGGCUGCCCUGUAUUCGGGUGCUUUACCUCUGACUACUUUUCCAGUUAUUAUUUCCCAUUCCCCUCACAAAGCGAAUGUAAGCGGCAGGGGGGCGGAGUCCUGCUUUCCCAGGGUCAUUAUCAGGAUGGGGAGGGCCAGAGAAGUAAUGCCACUUGCGUCUGAUUCUUUCAAAGGGAAAUAGGUCACUGUCAGAAUUCCUGAAUCCUGGCUUGCCUACCGGCGUGUCAGAGAUCUUCUGGUGACUUGUCUGAAACACGGAUAUUUCUCCCUUGACUUUCUUACCACAUCUGCUAGCUGACAAAUAGACUUGGCUUCUUCUUUAAAAAAAAUGUAAAAAAAAAAAAUAGAAAAAGCACAGUACUUUAUAUUUAGCCACAGGCGCACGGAGCGCCCAGCAGCAGCCGAGUUUCCUUGGAUAACUGGGGCUCCGGCUCACAAAUGCCUCCCGGUGUCUCCUGGCCGCCAGCUCGCGCGCAAUCGCCUGCUCCAUGUUAACCCUGCGUGGUGCUGCCUCCCCGAUGCCCUGCUUGCUCUCCCAGCAGAGUGGCACUGCUCACAUGAGGAUCACCGCCAGAGGUAGCCGGUUCUGAGAGCAGCCUCAGUCUGCGCACAGUUGCUUCCCAGCUGACAGACAGAAUAUGGGGUGGGCUUUGUCACCAGCACACUGGGUCUGGCAUGCCCAGCGAUGCUCGGGGCUGCAGAGCGCCCAGACGCCUGCCACUGCUCGCCGGGUCCCAGCCGCGCCAGCUCCGAGGGGCCGGGCUGCGCGCCUAGCCUUCCUGCCCGCCGAGAGGGUUAUAUAAUGAGCGGACCGCUGCCAAAGUCACAGGGAAAAUGAAGUCUUUGUUAAAUGCCUUCACCAAGAAGGAAGUGCCCUUCCGAGAGGCCCCAGCUUAUUCCAACCGCAGGCGGCGGCCCCCCAACACAUUGGCUGCCCCCAGAGUUCUUCUGCGUUCCAAUAGCGACAACAACCUCAAUGCCGGUGCGCCUGAAUGGGCUGUCUGCUCUGCAGCCACCUCCCACCGAAGCCUCUCACCCCAGCUGCUGCAGCAGACACCCAGCAAACCUGAUGGAGCCACAAAGAGCCUUGGAAGCUACGCCCCUGGGCCCCGCAGCCGCUCUCCCUCACUCAACAGGCUGGGUGGCGCUGGUGAGGACGGCAAGAGGCCACAGCCGCCACAUUGGCAUGUGGGGUCGCCCUUCACUCCUGGUGCCAACAAGGACUCCCUCUCGACCUUUGAGUACCCAGGGCCCCGGAGGAAGCUGUAUAGUGCGGUGCCUGGGAGACUCUUCGUCGCCAUCAAGCCAUACCAACCCCAAGUCGACGGCGAGAUCCCCCUUCACCGAGGCGACAGGGUCAAAGUUCUGAGCAUCGGCGAGGGCGGCUUCUGGGAAGGCAGCGCCCGUGGCCACAUCGGGUGGUUCCCAGCUGAGUGUGUGGAGGAGGUACAAUGUAAGCCCCGGGACAGCCAAGCAGAAACCCGUGCGGACCGCAGCAAGAAGCUCUUUCGGCAUUACACAGUGGGCUCCUAUGACAGCUUUGAUGCUGCCAGUGACUGCAUUAUUGAGGACAAGACGGUGGUCCUGCAGAAGAAAGACAACGAGGGCUUUGGAUUUGUGCUCCGAGGGGCAAAAGCUGAUACCCCCAUUGAGGAAUUCACACCCACGCCGGCAUUUCCAGCCCUGCAGUACCUGGAGUCCGUGGAUGAAGGAGGGGUGGCAUGGCAAGCCGGACUAAGGACCGGGGACUUCUUGAUUGAGGUUAACAAUGAAAAUGUCGUCAAGGUGGGCCACAGGCAGGUGGUGAACAUGAUCCGCCAGGGAGGGAAUCACCUCGUCCUUAAGGUCGUCACGGUGACCAGGAAUCUAGACCCUGAUGAUACAGCCAGAAAGAAAGCUCCCCCACCUCCAAAGCGGGCUCCGACCACGGCCCUCACCCUGCGUUCCAAGUCCAUGACAGCGGAAUUGGAGGAACUCGGCCUCUCACUAGUGGAUAAAGCCUCAGUCCGGAAGAAGAAGGAUAAACCGGAAGAGAUAGUCCCAGCCUCCAAGCCCUCCAGGACUGCAGAGAACGUGGCCAUAGAAUCCAGGGUGGCAACCAUCAAGCAGCGGCCCACAAGCCGGUGCUUUCCAGCUGCCUCUGAUGUGAACUCCGUGUACGAGCGCCAAGGGAUUGCUGUAAUGACGCCCACGGUCCCUGGGAGCCCGAAAGGCCCAUUUCUGGGCCUCCCUCGAGGUACGAUGCGAAGGCAGAAAUCGAUAGACAGCAGAAUCUUUCUAUCAGGGAUAACAGAGGAAGAGCGGCAGUUUCUGGCUCCCCCAAUGCUGAAGUUCACCCGAAGCUUGUCCAUGCCAGACACUUCUGAGGACAUCCCCCCUCCGCCACAGUCUGUGCCCCCCUCUCCCCCUCCACCUUCCCCCACCACAUACAACUGUCCCAGGUCCCCGACUCCAAGAGUCUAUGGGACAAUUAAGCCUGCGUUCAACCAGAACCCCGUCGCCAAGGUGCCCCCAGCCACCAGGUCUGACACUGUGGCCACCAUGAUGCGGGAAAAGGGGAUGUUCUACAGGAGAGAGCUGGACCGCUUUUCCCUGGACUCAGAAGACGUCUACAGCCGCAGCCCCGCCCCACAGGCUGCCUUCCGCACCAAGCGGGGACAGAUGCCUGAGAACCCGUACUCGGAGGUGGGAAAGAUAGCCAGCAAGGCCGUCUAUGUCCCUGCCAAGCCAGCCAGGCGGAAGGGCAUGCUGGUAAAGCAGUCCAACGUGGAGGACAGCCCUGAGAAGACGUGCUCCAUCCCCAUCCCAACCAUCAUAGUCAAGGAACCCUCCACCAGCAGCAGCGGCAAGAGCAGCCAGGGGAGCAGCAUGGAGAUCGACCCCCAGGCCACUGAGCCCGGCCAGCUGCGGCCAGAUGACAGCCUCACCGUCAGCAGCCCCUUCGCGGCAGCCAUCGCUGGGGCCGUGCGUGACCGGGAGAAGCGUCUGGAAGCCAGGAGGAAUUCCCCGGCCUUCCUCUCCACCGACCUGGGAGAUGAGGACGUGGGUCUGGGGCCUCCUGCUCCCCGGAUGCAGCCCUCCAAGUUUCCCGAGGAGGGUGGGUUUGGUGAUGAGGAUGAAACGGAACAGCCGCUAUUGCCUACCCCUGGAGCAGCGCCCAGGGAGCUGGAGAACCACUUCCUAGGUGGUGGUGAGGCUGGUGCUCAGGGGGAGGCUGGGGGACCCCUGAGUUCCACAUCCAAAGCCAAGGGGCCUGAAAGUGGCCCAGCAGCCGCCCUCAAGAGCAGCAGCCCAGCCAGCCCUGAGAAUUACGUGCACCCACUCACGGGGCGGCUGCUCGACCCCAGCUCCCCGCUGGCCCUGGCACUGUCCGCCAGGGACCGAGCCAUGCAGGAGUCCCAGCAAGGACACAAGGGGGAGGCCCCCAAGGCCGACCUUAACAAGCCUCUCUACAUCGAUACCAAAAUGCGGCCCAGUGUGGAGUCCGGCUUUCCACCGGUCACCAGACAGAACACCAGGGGUCCCCUGCGAAGGCAGGAGACAGAGAACAAGUAUGAGACGGACCUGAGCAAGGACCGGAGGGCUGACGACAAGAAGAACAUGCUGAUCAACAUCGUGGACACUGCCCAGCAGAAGUCAGCCGGCCUACUGAUGGUGCACACAGUGGACAUUCCCGUGGCGGGGCCACCCCUGGAGGAAGAGGAGGACAGAGAGGAUGGGGAUACAAAGCCAGACCACUCACCCUCCACAGUGCCAGAAGGCGUUCCCAAAACCGAAGGUGCUUUACAGAUCUCCGCUGCCCCGGAGCCCGCCGCUGCGCCCGGCAGGACCAUCGUGGCAGCGGGCUCCGUGGAAGAGGCGGUAAUUCUGCCAUUCCGCAUCCCCCCUCCCCCUCUGGCGUCCGUGGACUUGGAUGAGGACUUUCUUUUCACAGAACCAUUGCCUCCUCCCCUGGAAUUCGCCAAUAGUUUUGAUAUCCCCGACGACCGGGCAGCUUCAGUUCCCGCUCUGGCUGACCUGGUCAAGCAGAAGAAAAGUGACACCCCUCAGCCCCCUUCGUUGAACUCCAGCCAACCAGCCAACUCUACAGACAGUAAGAAGCCAGCCGGCAUCUCAAACUGUCUGCCCUCCUCAUUCCUGCCACCCCCCGAAAGCUUUGACGCGGUCACCGACUCGGGGAUCGAGGAGGUGGACAGCCGGAGUAGCAGCGACCACCACCUGGAGACAACCAGCACCAUCUCCACAGUGUCCAGCAUCUCCACGCUGUCUUCAGAGGGCGGGGAGAGCAUGGAUACUUGCACAGUCUAUGCAGACGGGCAAGCCUUUGUGGUUGACAAGCCCCCAGUACCUCCAAAGCCAAAAAUGAAGCCCAUCGUUCACAAAAGCAACGCACUUUACCAAGACACGCUCCCAGAAGAGGACACAGAUGGCUUUGUGAUCCCCCCACCUGCACCCCCGCCCCCGCCCGGCAGUGCCCAGGCCGGUGUGGCGAAGGUCAUCCAGCCAAGGACCUCCAAGUUGUGGGGUGAUGUUACAGAGGUCAAAAGCCCAAUUCUCUCAGGCCCAAAGGCAAAUGUCAUUAGUGAGUUAAACUCCAUUCUGCAGCAGAUGAACAGGGGGAAAUCGGUCAAGCCUGGGGAAGGGCUGGAGCUGCCCGUGGGAGCCAAGUCAGCUAACCUCGCUCCAAGAAGCCCGGAGGUCAUGAGCACUGUCUCAGGUACACGGAGCACGACGGUCACCUUCACUGUCCGCCCCGGAACCUCCCAGCCCAUCACCCUACAGAGCCGGCCCCCUGACUAUGAAAGCAGGACCUCAGGACCGAGACGUGCCCCAAGCCCUGUGGUUUCGCCAACGGAAUUGAGCAAAGAGAUUCUGCCCACCCCUCCGUCUGCUGCAGCAGCCUCUCCCUCCCCCACACUCUCAGAUGUCUUUAGCCUUCCAAGCCAGUCCCCUGCAGGGGACCUCUUUGGCUUGAACCCAGCAGGACGCAGCAGGUCACCAUCUCCUUCAAUAUUGCAACAGCCAAUCUCAAAUAAGCCUUUUACAACUAAGCCUGUCCACCUGUGGACGAAACCAGAUGUGGCAGACUGGCUGGAAAGUCUGAACUUGGGUGAACACAAGGAGACGUUCAUGGACAAUGAGAUUGACGGCAGCCAUCUGCCAAACCUCCAGAAGGAAGACUUGAUAGAUCUUGGGGUGACUCGAGUUGGGCACAGGAUGAACAUAGAAAGGGCUUUGAAACAGCUGCUGGACAGAUAAGGGUGGCUGUCCUGGGCCUUCACAGACUCCUUUCUUAUAAGUAGAGAUGGGCUUAUGUUGAAAUGUGUGGUGGCCAAGCAGAGGCUGACAGCACCAAUCUCUGGUCUGUGGGUUUGUCUCUGGGUACCCAAAGAAGUGCUGUGGAUGUCCCUUGGUGUGGCCAAACCAGGGCCUCAAAACCCAGCUCUCUGUGCAGAUUUCUUGGGUGGCUUCUGUCCAAAGGGACAGUAAGGGGGUGUCUGUCCUGGUCUCAGAGGCUGCCAUAGAUGGCAUGUGGGACCCUCUCCUCCUGUGGCAGAUACCAGUGUACUCCAGAUACCUCCCGAGGCCUCCCUCCUCUGCCUUCUGGGCAACUCUCACCCCUCAGCCCCGGAACACAGCCUUUCUUCAGGCCUUUGGCCUCUGGGUGGGUUCGUUGGCUCGGUCCCUCCCCUGUGCUUGGCUCUCAGUGAGCAGCCCCAGGUGGAGCCCUGCCUGAGCCAGACCUUAGAGAAACACUGUCCCAUCCACCUCUAGUCUGACUCUUGUGACACGCAUCUGAGCUUCUUUGGCCCCAAGGUCCUUGGCAGUGGUGGCUGUGUGGACAGGAUCGUGCCCAGCUUGCUUAACUUGCUUUCUUUACUUCUGCAAACUGAUUAGCAUAAUUCCAGGGUGGCCAAACUGAAGUCACACGGAGUUAGUCAAAGCACAAAGUCACGAUCCUGAGGAGGAGGGAGGCCUGGCCAUAGAGCCAGCCAAUGUGUGGCUGCCCAAGCACACAACCUCCUCCAGGGCAAGGACAGGUGUCUGCCCAGAGCACCUGCCCAGAAGGGAGAGGUGGGGGCUCUUGAAAUUUACUCUAAUUGGAUGUCUGCAGAGCUCCACAGAGGUCAGAACAGGUGAGCAUCUUCUUUUACAAGGACAAGAAGACCCAAGGUUUGGGGGAAGCACGGUUGCCAUAGAGAAGCUGUUGUCCUCCCUGGUGGCGGGUAGAAUGUCACGCCCUUCACCGCAUCAGGCCACAGGUGAGCAUCCUGAUAAGGCAGCACUUCGGCUCUCAGAGGCCAAGAAAGGUGGAACUCAGGGGCCUUUCUCCCUUCUCUCAGAUAGCGGGGAUCCCACCGGCUUGUCUUAACAUCUGGAUCUCAGAGAAGCCUGUGGUCAGGACCUGGUGGAGAACAGAAAGUGGGGCACAGGCUGUGGCGAAGUUUAGAUGUGUGCGGAAAGGAAGGUGGGGAGCAUCCUGGACCAAGCCUCACCUCAGGCCCGGCCACCUGAGCCUACCCUUCUUGCCCCCAGAUCUCUCCCUCUAAUACCUCUAACAUCCCAGGGAGGUCAUCGGCUGCACACAGCCACCACGCAGCCAGCUAGGCUCCCGCAACCCCCUCUCCCCCACACUCAGAGGAGACUAGAAUGUCAGGUGAUGGUUUUAUCAUUUCAGAACUAGCCCAGCCCAUCUCUAAUUAUAAAACAUGUUUUUCCUUUUUCCCCCCUCCACUUAUGCUCACAGCCGUGUGUCUGACGAGGCCUGGAACAGCACUACAAUGAAUACAUAAAAUUUAGCAAUUUAAAAAAAAACUUUCUUUACUGCAAGUUUAAAUACGUGUACAGAUAGUUCAUAAGCACAAUAUCUUAAGAAAAAAGUGGCCGGUCUACCGGGCAGCCCCUGUGCCACCUAGUGCUGGAAAGCUAAAGGAAAAGGGGUUGUGGUUUAACAAUACUGUUUCCUUGGGACAAUUAUAGAAGCAACCUUUUCAAAAUUACCCUUCCCUGGCCACUUCCUCAGAACCUGCAACACCGAGUCCUUCUUCAGCUUUUGCCACAACUUCAUCACUGAAGGGCAAUUAUUUCGUCAAAAGGAUUAGAAUCCACGACUCCACAGUUUCUCCAACAACAACAGACAGACAUGCAUAUUCGUGCAUGCGUGCGGACACACACACACACACACACACACACACACACACACACGCACACACCCUCUCAUGCAUGCACCACAACCCUUGAUAUGGAGACCAGGGCUUUGAACCUUAUUCUGUCCCCCAAACCCUUUGCAGGUCAACCCCAACUUCUGAAUCGUCCAAUGAGCUGGUACCAGGUGACCGUUGAGCACUUUGCUCUGGGUUCUGUCAUUCCCCACAGCGAGGCGAAUGAAUCAGUAAUGCUCCAGAGAUGUUGAGUCCAGACACUGCGGGUAGCCACUGAAGAGUUCAGAGAGUGUGAAAAUGUGGCCCGCCACUAAUUUGUCUUCCAAUGGGUGGUUCUUCAAAGUCCUCUCAGUGUGCCACAGUACUAGGUCCCUUUCCUGUGCCUCUGGUUGGCAUUACCUCUGUGCUCAGUGCCAGGCAGAUGCUAGGCAGGAGAGACCUGGUGGCUUGGGGCCCGCUGAACGUAGGCAGCAGGUGACAGGCUGCGACUGCCUUCUAUAGACUUCAAGCCACAGGCCUCCAGGCAGAAGCAAGCUGACUGCCAGCCCCGGGAGCUGAUAGGCCAGCUUUGCUUUGCAGUGUCUGGUCACAGAAACACAGCUGGACCUAUCAGAACUGACCCCUAAUCAUCCAAACACACAUUUGCCUCGAUACUGGGUCUCUGUCUCUGACAGUUGAUUUUUGCACAGAAAGCAAUAGUCCCUCAUUGAAGUUGCAGCCCACUGUCCCCCCCUCCCAUUUGGAACAUGUCAGGACCAGGCCCUACCCCAGGACCCUCCUCAGUGGUGAAUCAGAUGUUAAACUGCUCAUAAGGACCAUGUUACCACUAUUCCAGGUUUUAAGAUCAACUUUUGUUAUAUACUGUAAUUUAAAUAACUGCAUAAAUUUACAUGCCUAGUUUCUGUAAUAUUGUGUAUACAAAACCAAAAUCUCUCAAGCUGUAAAUUGUGUAUACCCGCCAGGAUCCCCACUCUGGGGCAUCCAUGCGCAUUUUAGAUUUAAUUCAUACAAUUAAAAACUCAAUGUGACUGCUGACGUGCUGAAACUUUACAUAAGAAUUAUUUGUGAUACUUUAGUUAAUAAAAUGGUGAGGUUUUUUUUUCCUGAGUUAUUGAACAAGCAAACAUUACCCAGCUGACCUGGCAAUGACUUUUUGUGUGUGUGCGGGUAGGGGGCCACAAAUAUUGAUUUUUUUUUCCUCCCAUUAGCAAUUUUGGGUUUUAAAUACUAACAUGGUUCACACUAUAGUUUGUGUGUAACAACACAUGUCACAUUAUCUUUGUUGCUGUUAAUUUUGUGCUUUUUUUUUAGACUUUAUUUAUUUAGAAGGAGAGAGAGAAAGAGAGAGGGAGAGAGAGAGGGAGAGAGAGCGAGAGAGAAAGUUCCUGUACUUUGCACUUUUCCCCCCAAAUCCUUCAAUCUCUUGUAUGGCAACCAAAAUUACUGUAAAAAAAAAUAAAUAUACUCUUGCAAUAAGGUUGUGGUUCUGAUUACAAAGGGGAAGGUGGAGCUGGCUCCCCCAGAGCAGUCAAGCUUGCCCUCGGAAAUAGGGUGUUCUGCACACUUCAGCCGGCUUUGCCUGGGCAAGCUGACAGGAUAGCAUCUUCCCUUCAGCCACUUCACCUCAGGCCCGUUCUCCUCAGGUGCCCUCAUUGUCUAAAUGGAAACCUUGUAUAUUAUUAGAGAAUUGUGCAAAAUGUCAAAAAUGGGCUUGUGUGACCACUCCUGUGAGCAUGCGUCACAGGCCUGGCUGUCCCUUCUGUUUUCAGGGUGGGUGCAGGGGCACCCCAGAGACUGACCCAGGCUUGCCUCCCUCUUUCCCAGGAGGAGAAGUGUCCUCACAGCAAUGAGGGCUGUCAGCUGGCCAGGGGCCAUGGAGCAGAAGACCUAGCCACUUCUCUGGCUGGCCUAAGCAGGUGAUGCUUCCACAAGCAGCGGUGGACUAAGGUCAGGAUAGCAAGAGAGAAUCAGGGUCUUUGGCAAACAGCUGGACCCGGAGCUUAGGGGCCAUCCGUGUGCCGCUCCUGGAAGUAUAUCUGAAAAACACUGAAUCUCUCUGGCCUCCUGAGUUCUUCCCCAACAGGGUCUCUCCUUGGGUAUACCCGUCAUCCAAGUAGCAACCACUGUGUCCUCAUCUUUCCCCUUGCUCCCUGUGCUCCUCCAGUAGAUUCUCCUAGACCACCAGCCCCCCCAGCUUCACUGUCCGGUGGCUUUUCCCAGACCCCUUGGUAAAUUGGGCAUCCAUCGGGGGGCAUCUACCGGCCCACCUUCUCUGUACUUGAACUGUAUUUGAGGCAUUUGCUCCCCGGGGGUCUGAACCGUGCCUGCACCUGUAGAGGUCCCGGGUGGGAACACCCUGGACGGAGGGAUCACUGACACUGGCAUUUAGACUGCCUGCUCUGGGCAGAAUCUGGCAGUGUCCAGUGCCCUGCCCCAGAUUCUAGCAUCCCCCUGGCUCCACCCUGCAAGUCCCCACUGUCCUGAUGAUGCUGUUUCUUCCUGCACUCCGGGACGUGGGUCUGCAGCUCACAGUCUUUGCCGGUUUGUAUUUAAAAAGUCACAGCAGCCACUGUUCGUGGCUUCUACUAGAACUCUGUUCACAGCCAAUCCAAAACUUUAAUAUGAGCCUUCAAAUAAAUCCUGAAUAGAAAAAAAUCGAUUUAAAAACAAAGUGUGUGCCUUGGGUGUUUUGAACUAAUCUGCGUACUACCAUACUGUAACUGUACAUUUGAUAAGAGGAUCAAUGUAUAAUGUAGCUGAUUUAAAAAAUAGUUCUAGUGCCUUGUCUUCUGAACUGGAAGCUCAUAUCAAUGCACAACCUAAAGAAUCGAAGCCCAACUGGAGAACUGAGUGCUGAGAGGAGCUAGGCCCUGGGCAGAGCCCUUCUCGUCAGAAAACUGUGGGAUACACACAGUCGGUUAUGCUUAAAAAAAUAAAAUAAAAUAGAGAGAGAGAACAUUGAAACCGAAUUGUGUUAUCAACUAAUUUUCCAUUAAAAGUGCUCUCUGCUA